CGGUGUUGAGAGUUGCAAAUCGAGGAAGGGAAUCCGAGCGUUCUCGGCUUGGGGCAAUGCCGUGUGCGAAAUAGGAAAGCUAGUGAUAUCUUGUGCUAUGUCUGUCCAAGGGAAGAAGGGAUUUGCUUGUGGCACUCACUACAGCAUGGGAAGGUCCAAGAAUCCAGUAGUUGUUCAGUCCAUAAAACUGGGUGUCCCAGCUGGUCUUCAGCACACACUGGAGUCCUGAGGAAGUAGGCUCUAUGCCAGUGAAGGAACAGACUUGCCAGAAAAAGCAAGCAAGGCAAAAAGCAAGCUUCCUUUUUCCAUGCCGUUCGUACAGGCUGCAGGCAGAAGCUGUGGCCCAGAUUAAUGAUGGAUUUACUCACCUCAAAAGAUCCAGAUUAAUGCUGGUUUGUUCUCCUAUUUGCUGCGUCUUGGGCUCCGUGUGGGUAGAGCGUGGUUGAGCUGUGCAGCUAGGCCAUGGUGAGCUAUGCACAUCUGUCAUCAAACAGGGAAGACUGGCAGGCCAUAAAUGCAGUGACCUAUGACGACGUGCAUGUGAACUUCACUCCGGAAGAGUGGGCUUUGCUGGACCCUUCCCAGAAGAAUCUCUACAAUGAUGUGAUGCUGCAGACCUUCAGGAACCUCACUGCCAUUGGCUACAAUUGGGAAGGUCAUGACACUGAAGAGCAUUCUCAAAGUUCUAGGAGUUGUGGAAGUCCUCUUAAACGGCAUGAGAGAAUUCACAUGGAAGAGAAGCCCUGUGAAGUUAUUCAAGAUGAUGGACCCAUUGCAUAUCAUAGUCAACUACGACUAUAUAAAAGAGCACAUACCAGAGAAAGGCCCUACAAAUGCGACCAGUGUGGUAAAGCUUUUACAUCUCCCAGUGGUCUUCAGAUGCAUAAAAAAACACAUACAGGAGAGAAACCUUACAAAUGUAAGCAGUGUGAUAAAGCUUUUGCAUAUCAUAGUUAUAUUAUAAUUCAUGAAAGAACACACACUGGAGAGAAACCCUAUAAAUGUAAUCACUGUGUUAAAGCUUUUACAUCUCCAAGUGAGCUUCAAAAGCAUAAAAGAAAACAUACAGGAGAGAAACCUUACAAAUGUAAGCAGUGUGAUAAAGCUUUUGCAUAUCAUAGUAAUGUGAUAAUUCAUGAAAGAACACACACUGGAGAGAAACCCUACAAAUGUAAUCACUGUGUCAAAGCUUUUACAUCUCCCAGUGAUCUUCAAAAGCAUAAAAGAACACAUACAAGAGAGAAACCUUACAAAUGUAAGCAGUGUGAUAAAGCUUUUGCACGUCAUAAUUAUGUUCUAAUUCAUGAAAGAACACAUACUGGAGAGAAACCCUAUGAAUGUAAUCAGUGUGGUAAAUCCUUUAUACAUUCCAGUCAUCUUCACAGGCAUGCAAGGAUACAUACUGGAGAGAAACCUUACAAAUGUAAUCAGUGUGGUAAAGCUUUUGCAUAUCAUCAUAAUGUACUAACUCAUGAAAGAACACACACUGGAAAGAAACCCUUAUGAAGGCAGUCAGUGUGGUAUAAAGCCUUUUAAUAUCAGAAGCAUCUCUAAAUACAUAAAAGAACACAUAGGGGAGAGAAAAAUUAUUGAUGUGAUCAAUGUAGUCUUCCAAGGCAUAAAAGAGCACAUAGCGGAGAGAAACCUAUGAAUGAAAUCAGUGAAGUAACGCCUUUGCAAUUAAUAGUAAUUUUCAAAAAUACAAAGGAACACAUACAGGAAAGAAACCCUAUGAAUGUGACUAAUGUUGAAAAGCCUUUGCAUGUAUCAAGUCUUCAAAUUCAUGAGAAAAUACACUAUACAGACACUUGAUAGUCAGUGUGGUGGGUUUUUUUAUUUUAUGGUGGUUUUUCUACAAGAAUAAGGUUUUAGUGCAAAAUUGGUUAAAGCCUUUUCAUAUUAAAGUUCUCUUUGAGGAAGUGCAAAAUAAAUACUGAAAAGAUUCUAGGGCUGGAGAGAUGGUUCAGAGGUUAAGAGCAUUGCCUGCUCUUCCAAAGGUCCUGAGUUCAAUUCCCAGCAACCACAUGGUGGCUCACAACCCUCUGUAAUGGGGUCUGGUGCCCUCUUCUGGCCUGCAGGCAUACACACAGAAUGUUGCAUACAUAAUAAAAAAAUAAAUAUUUUUUUUAAAAAAAAAGAUUCUAAUUAAAAAGAAUUUGGCACCAUCUUCAGCAAACAUCCAUUAUUAAGUUACACAGGAGUGUUGAUUUUGGAGAAGAAAUGCUAGCAAUAUCAGCAAUCUGUCCGUAGAUUAUACUGUCCUUUAUUUUGUUUGCCCCUGCAAACAAAAUAUGAAAGAAAGCCCUACAAUUCAAAUAAUGAUGUAAGCCUUUUAGAUUUCACACCGCUCCUCAAUUACAUUAAAUAUCUAAUCCAGUUGAAACAUUUAUGGAUGUGAAUUUGUCUCUUUCCUGUUAUUGUGAUAUAACAUGUUUUAAUGACAGUAAUGUGAAAAUACUUAGUAGAGAAUCUAAGAAACAGUAAAUACAUCAUAUGCAUAUUCAAAGCAGGAUUUUCUUUGGUUGAUAUGUAAUAAAAUAGAAUAAUCAGCGAUCAACUCUAUAUCUCAUAGCUUGAUUGCUAUAGAUAUGUAUAUAUUACUUAUUGUUCUAUUUUCUUCUUGCUGUCCCCAUGAAUUUUCCAUCUGUCACUUCAUCGUUAGUUACUGCCUUAUAAAAAUAUUAUCCAUUGAUGCCAGAUAAUAUAAUAUUUUAAAAAAAAGAUCCAGAUUAAAAGUGAAUCUUCCCACUUCAAACAGUUUAGUUAAGAAAAAAAUCCCUCACGGGUAUACCCAGCCACAUGGGUUUUAAUUAAUUCCAGAUGUAGUCCAGUUCCAGUUGGCAACCAAAGAUAGCCAUCACAGUAGCCAUGUUUUAGUGGAUGAAGAAAAAAAAAAAAAAACAAGACACAGGUUAAAUGCCAUGCAUAAGAUACCAGAUUAAUAAAGUAGCAAAAAUAUGAUUUGAAAUGGAUAAACUUCUGGGGAAGAAGUAAACUCACCCUGCUAGACCGUAAUGAACACAAUUGCCCAGUCUGGGGUAGUGCUUAGAAGCAGAUAGAAUACCUGCCUUAACUAUUCCUUGCUUAACUAAGCAGCUAAGUAUUAAAACGGAGUUCUAUUAGUUUAUAUUUUACCAUGAGGCUCAUAGCUUGUUACACAAUACCUCACUUCUCCUGCAACUUCUGGUGUCUCUCUAACUUCACCUUCUUUCUCCCUGUAUCUCUGCUUGGAUUUCCCCCCUAGCUUUAUUCUGCCCUGCCAUAGGCCAAAGCAGAUUUAUUCAUCAACCAAUAAAGCAAUGCAUAUUCACAGCUAUAGAAGGAAUCACCUAUCAGUCCUCAACCUUACAUAAUUUU